AGAUUGCAUUUGCUGCUCAAGCACCAUGUCGUCGUCGGAUGAUGAAGCCCCGGAGCAGGUCUCCAUGGCCGUGGCCAAGACCCAGGCCAUCGAGUCUCGUGCAUCUGAAAAGCAAGCACGCGCCUCGGCCAAGGCCACAGCAGCGCUCAAGCGCAAGCGUCAGCCCAAGAAGAAGGAGGAGCCCGUGAUCGAAGCCUUGCCCGACGAUGUCCUAGCGGCCGUCGCCGCGGCGCAGGACGAGCCCAGUGCCGAUGCGGACGAAGAGCAGGAGGAAGAAGUGGUCGUCAACCCCAAGAAGACCAAGAAGACCAAGAAGAACUCGCACACGCGCCGCUUUGGCAACAUCGAAGUCACCACGGUCGCGGCCCUUGAGGAAGAAGCGGCGCCCGUGACGGACUCGAUCGCAAAGUUCAUUGAGCUCCGCUCGGCGCCCACCGCAAGCGCGCGAACGACAGCAAGGCGCUUCUCAAGCCCGUUGUGAACAGCCGAUUGAUGAAGGCCAAGGCCAAGAGCAAGGCUUAAAAACGACGUAGAUGCAACGUAGAUGCGUACCUCUGCGCACUGCGACUUAUAUACAAACGACUUCUUUUUUUCUACGCAA